UUCAUUGCUAAGGAAGAAAGGAAAAUGUCUUUGACGAGCUUUUUACCGGCGCCGACCCAACUGUCUCAGGACCAGCUGGAGGCAGAGGAGAGGCUUCGGGCCCAGAAGUCCUACUCCACCGCCCUGGUUUCGUCCCGCAGAGAGCCUCCUCCUUAUGGACACAGACAAGGCUGGGUGCCUCGUACACUUGAGGAUUUCGGAGAUGGAGGAGCUUUCCCAGAGAUCCAUGUUGCCCAGUUUCCUCUGGAGAUGGGCAGGAAGAAGAAGACUUCCAAUGCCCUGGCUGUGCAGGUGGAUGCAGAAGGAAAGAUCAAAUAUGAUGCCAUCGCCAGACAAGGACAGUCCAAGGAUAAGGUGGUCUUCAGUAAGUACACAGACCUUCUUCCAAAGGAGGUUCUGAAUGAAGACACUGCAGAACUACAGAGGCCUGACGAGGAGGCUGUAAAAGAGCUAACCGAGAAGACCCGUGCUGCUCUGGAGAAGCAGGUGUCUCAAAAGAUUGCUGCUGCCAUGCCUGUAAGAGCUGCAGACAAACAAGCUCCUGCACAAUACAUCAGAUACACCCCGUCCCAGCAGGGAGUGGCUUUUAACUCAGGGGCCAAACAGAGGGUGAUCCGCAUGGUGGAAAUGCAGAAAGAUCCAAUGGAACCUCCACGUUUCAAGAUCAACAAGAAGAUUCCUCGAGGACCUCCAUCUCCCCCUGCCCCUGUCAUGCAUUCCCCAAGCAGAAAGAUGACAGUCAAGGAGCAGCAGGAGUGGAAGAUUCCUCCAUGCAUCUCCAACUGGAAAAACGCUAAGGGCUACACCAUUCCUCUUGACAAACGCCUGGCAGCCGAUGGUCGGGGUCUGCAAACAGUUCACAUCAAUGAAAACUUUGCCAAGCUGGCUGAGGCGCUAUACAUUGCUGAUAGAAAGGCCAGAGAGGCAGUGGAGAUGAGAGCCCAGGUAGAGAAGAAGAUGGCCCAGAAGGAGAAGGAAAAGAAGGAGGAGAAACUGAGGGAACUGGCCCAAAUGGCUAGAGACCGCAGGGCAGGGAUCAAAAGUCAUGGAGACAAAGGUGGGGAGGACGGCGAGGCCAGAGAGCGUGACGAGAUCCGCCAUGACAGAAGGAAAGAGAGACAGCACGACAGGAACAUUUCCAGAGCUGCUCCUGAUAAGAGGUCCAAGCUGCAGAGAGACCAGGACAGGGAUAUCAGCGAGCUCAUCGCUCUGGGCGUGCCCAACCCUCGCUCCGCCAGUGAGGCCCAGUAUGACCAGAGACUCUUCAAUCAGAGCAAGGGUAUGGAUAGUGGUUUUGCUGGUGGUGAGGACGACACAUACAACGUGUACGACCAGCCGUUCCGCGGUGGCAGAGACAUGGCUUCAAACAUCUACCGGCCCAGCAAGAAUAUCGACAAGGACGCCUACACAGAUGACUUCGACACACUCAUGCAAAACAACAGGUUUGUUCCAGACAAAGAGUUCUCAGGUGCCGACCACGGGCAGAGGAGGGAAGGGCCAGUCCAGUUUGAGGAGGAUCCCUUCGGUCUGGACAAGUUCUUGGAGGAGGCCAAGCAGCACGGCGGCUCCAAGAGGCCUUCCACCAGCAGCCGCUCAAAGGACGACUACCACGACAAGAAGCGCAGGAAGGAGUGAGAGCGACCGUCCACGUAGGGCAGCUGCUAGCGUGUUAGAGGAUGGGGAGGUAGUCUGCACCCUCUCAGUGGUUGACGGGUGUUUUAACAUCCUCAAGUCUCUAUCAGGAAUGUUGUGGCAGAUUUGUGUUUUCUUUCAGUGUGAGAG